GAAAAGGUUCGUGAGAGAGAAGAUAUAAGACAAGAACGGCGAAAGGAACGAGAAAGAGAAUAUAGAUUAUCUAGAAUGGGUGCAGAACAAAGAGCUAAAUAUCUCGCACGUGAGCAAAACAGAGAUAUUUCCGAAAAGAUCGCUUUGGGUCUUGCAAAACCUACACUUAGUAAAGAUAGUCUUUAUGAUUCUCGAUUGUUCAAUCAAUCAGAAGGUCUCUCAUCAGGAUUUAAGGAUGAUGAAGUUUAUGAUUUAUAUGAUAAACCUCUAUUUGCUAGCUCAAGUGUCUCAAGUAUAUAUAACCCUAAAAAGAGUUAUGAUACUGAUCAAUAUGGUGGUGGAGAUGAAGAGAGUGUUAACAGAAUGCUAAGCGUUGAUAGAUUUGGGAUUGCUUCAAAAGGUUUUCAAGGGGCGGAUAAAAGUCAGCCAAGAGAUGGGCCUGUGGAAUUUGAAAAAGAAGAAGCAGAUCCAUUUGGGUUUAAUCAAUUCUUGGAUGAUGCUAAAAAGGGUAGUAAACGCGGGUUGGAUACAAUAUCUGAAAGCAGCAAGAAAAAAAAAUUGGCGUGA